AUGUCUGCUCCUCCAGCUGAGUUCCUCAUCACCGGGCAGGCUGCUCUGGCAAACCCUAGCCCAGCACCCCUCCUCACCCAGGCAGACUCCAGGGACAAGUGGAGGAAAAAGAUGGAUUUCCUUUUGUCAGUGAUAGGAUUUGCCGUGGAUCUGGGCAACGUCUGGAGGUUCCCUUAUAUCUGCUACCAGAAUGGAGGUGGUAAGGAGACGGGGUGUGAUUUUGGGCUCUCUCCUACCCCAUCCCCUUCUAAACAGUUAACUGCUUCCCACUUUAAUUGUGGGAGUCUUAUUAAUGCCUUGCCUGGGAUCCCACAUUUUCUGUUUCUAACUAGGGUUUCAAUACUUGUCUUAACUUUGCAGAAUCCUUCUUCAUUCCCCAUCAUUUUUUUAUCCUUUCCUGCUUGACAGCUUCUUUCCCCAUCAAUGCCACUCCUGGCUGAAUCAGAAGUUUCGAGUUUCUGAAUGGAAGGAACCGCUCUUAAGAGCAGGGUGCAGCAUUAAAAAAACCCUCUUACAAAAAAUGGAUAUAAAAUCUGCCCCAGGAGUUCUUUUCAUUGCAUAGUUUACAUUGAAUUAGCCCCUCUAGGACUGUGUCAGUUACAUGUUUCUAAGCCAACUUCCCUAAUUUCAGCCACUUACUCUUUAUAACCUUUUUCUUCUUUGAAAAGUGUUUCAAAAAGCUACUGUGACAUUCCAUGAUAAUAAAACUGGUUCAGGGAAGGAGAUUGAUGCGUCCAUGUCAAAGACCAUAUCUGAGAGCCAGUGUGGUAUGAUAGAUAGAGUGUCAGAGUAGGACCUGGGAGAGACCAGGGUUCAAAUCCCCACUUGGCCAAGCCGAGCUUACCUUACAUGGCUGUUAUGAAGAUUAAAUGCAGAGAAGAAGGACCAUGUAUGCCACCUUGAGCUCCUUGGAAAAAGGUAAGUGACCUUCAGACAUGGCAUACAUGGCUUUGUUUGGAACAUUCAGAUGCACAAAGAAUACACUAGUUUGGUUGACAGAUAGGAAUAGUUUUUGUUGAAAAUGGUGUUAAAAUAGAGGCACUGAAAAGCAGCCAAUUUUUCUCCUUUUAUUGCAAAGUCUGAGGCUUUGUCUUUUGGAGGGCUCCAAAUGACAGGCUCCAAAUGCCACAUUCUUCCUGGCUCUGCAGCUGUUCUACAAGUCAAUAUAAUGCAGGAGAUUAGUUUGUUUGUUUGUUUUUUAAAGAAAUGUGUGGGUUUUUUAAAAAUUCCAAGGAGCUGUCCAUGGUAUUGGGCAUUCCUGGAAUAACUAGCACACAAGAAUGUAGAAAGCUGUGUUGGAUUAUUAGAAAAAUAAUCCAAAAUCUACAGUCUGGUGACACCUUUAUCGGAGCCAACACAAAUGUUGCAAGAUAGUGAGUAAACCUGCUCAUGACUCAGCAACAUUUUAUGCCUAAUACAAGGUAUUCUCAUUCUACAGAUCUUGCAAUAAAGAACAUGCUCUCUCUUCUUAUCCCUCUAAUUUUAAUUUGAACUAUUCAUGCCUCCUAGCAUGGCUUCCAUUUUUUAUGCAAUCAAGCUAUUUAAAAUACAAAAAAUAAAAUAAAAAUGGAACUGAGUCAGGAGGAGGGAAUCAACAUGAUCUGGUCAGCAAACCUUGGGAAGGACCAAGACUCAGUGGCAGAGCACCCACAAUGCACGCAGACAGUCCCGAGUUCAAUCCCCAACAGUAUCUCUAGGAAAGACUGGCAGAGACUCCCUCUCUGAAACCCUGGGGAGCCUCUGCUAGUCAGUAUUGACACUACUGAGCUCGAUGGAUGGUGGUCUGACUCAGUAUGAGGUGGUAUGUUUCAAGGGCUAUCACAUGGAAGAUGGAGGAAGCUUGUUUUCUCCAGCUUACAAGGAAGGAGAUUCCAAUUAAACAUCAGGAACAACUUUCUGACAGUAAGAGCUGCUUGACCGUGGAACAGUCUCCCUUAGAAGGUGGUGGAUUCUCCUUCCUUGGAGGUUUCUAAGCAGAGUUGGAUGGCCGUCUUUUAACGUUUGGUUGAGUUCUCCAGGUACCUUUUAAGCCCUUCUCCCUGGCAGAGAUGUAGAUGAGUGACAUCCAUCCCCACACAUGCACAGCAGACUUGCCCAUGACAGUCGCACCUAAUGGUGCUUCCUCUGGGUGCAUCCAUCAACUAUCCCCAGUGUUGUGGGGUGUGCAUUUCUCCCCAACACAACAGAUUAUGUCUUUGGUACAAAAGCACUGGUGUACCAACAAUGCAGUGAAUGUUGCUCAUUAGGACUGCAGUCUCAGAGUGAUCCACCCUUUAUAGGGAAGAGGAGGCUUUAUCACAGGGGACCCACUGCCCACCCCGGGUCUUUCAUUCAGACCAUGAGUUAUUCAUAUCACUGGGAGGGGGCAAAGCAUAUUCAUGAAACUCUCUCUCCUCUCAGCUGUCCCUCCAUCCCCACUGGGCUGCAGGGAUUCUUGCCUGAGGUGCUGGCUGCCUUGCACCCACUCACAACAUUUUUAUAAUUUCUCUCACCCAGUCCACAGCUGACUUGACUGUCUCACAGCCAAGACUUUUUUGCUUGUGGGGAGAUGGAGGCCAGGUCUUUCCUGGUGGCCCUGGAUCCAGCAGCACAGGAGGAAACACCUGUUAAGGCCCUGCCCUGCCCAGACCCCCUCAAACAGCCUUUCUGUUCUCUCCUCACAGGAGCUUUUCUCAUCCCAUACAUCUUGAUGGCCGUUUUCGGAGGGGUGCCUCUCUUUUACAUGGAGCUGGCUCUCGGACAGUUUCAUCGGGUAGGAGCUAUACCCAUUUGGAAGCACAUCUGCCCCAUCUUUAAAGGUAAAAACCAGCCAAACAAGCAAGGAUGAAAAUUAUAAGAUUCUUUGAGCUAUGGGCUUGCUUUUUUUCUCCUCCCUCCCUUCCCUCUUUCAUUGUGUGCCGCGUCCCAGAGGAAAGUGGUUAGCCACUCAUCUUAGUCAUAAUAAAUAACAAGAUGAAAGAUGAAAAAAUCAUUUUAAUCAUUCCAGUGGCACCUUAAAGAUCAUCUAAUAUAAGCUUUCAAGGCAUGAGUUUUCGUGUGUAAUACACUCAUCUUAGAUUCACAUCAAACCCAAUCCCCAUGGAGGGGGGGAUGGUGUGGGAUUCAGGUCAUUCAAGUUUUUUAUACCCUGUCCAUCCAGCUGGGUUGCCCAAGCCACUCUGUCCAGCUUCCAACACAUAUAAAAUCAUAAUAAAAUAUCAAAGGUUUAAAACCUCCUGAUACAGGGCUGCCUUCAGAUGUCUUCUAAAAGUUCUAUAGCUAUUUAUCUCCUUAACAUCUGAUGGGCACCACCACCAGAAGACCCUUGGAGCUGGACCUCAGUGUCCAAGCUAAAUGACGAUGUCAUUUAGGACUUUAAAGCACCAACAUUGUCAUAGUAGAGCUCAGUGGAGGGAAAAACCAGCCAACCAGCCAUAUCUUAGGGGAGUACUUGCCUGGAGGAAGAGUCCAUAUGCAAGGUUCAGUUCAGUCCUAAGGUCAGGAAUAUCUCAGUUUACAUAGUCAGACAAUCCGGGGGUCAAGAAAAUCGAGGGCCCAAGGUCUUGAGAAGCAAGAGGCAGCAAGAUAUGGCCAGGAAGACAAAUGUUGUUUCCAGCAAAUGACUGAGACUGGAAACCAUGCUUAAGAAAGUUGGAGCGAGCUGGUUCUCAUCAUGACACACAUUUUGAAUUGUACUUGGAAAUGUACUGGGAGCCAGUGAAGAUCUUUUAGGACUGGUGUUAUAUGGUCUCAGUGGCUGCUCCCAGUCACCAGUCUAGCUGCCACAUUCUGGAUUAAUUGCAGUUUCCGGGUCACCUUCAAAGGUAGCCCCACGUAGAGUGCAUUGCAGUAGUCCAAGCAGGAGAUAACCAGAGCAUGCACCACUCUGGCCAGACAGUCUGCAGGCAGGUAGGGUCUCAGCCUGCAUACCAGGUGUUGGUAGACAGCUGCCCUAGGUACAGAAUUGACCUGUGCCUCCAUGGACCGCUGUGAGUCCAAAAUGACUCCCAGGCUGCACACUUGGUCCUUCAGGGGCACAGUUACCCCCUUCAGAACCAGGGAGUCCCCCCAAUCCCUGCCCUCCAAGGUGCUGUUUUGCUCUCCACGCAGGUAUCGGUUUUGCCAUCUGCAUCAUUGGCCUGUAUGUCUCAUUCUACUACAACACCAUCAUUGCCUGGGCCCUGUAUUACUUCUGUUCAUCCUUCACCCACACCUUGCCCUGGACCAGCUGUGACAACCCCUGGAAUACGCCCAACUGCACCAGCUAUUUUGGGAAGAGCAACGUCACCUGGACCAACCACUCCAAGUCGCCAGCUGAGGAGUUUUACGUGUAAGUUCGUGUCAUCUCCUGCAUUUAUAUGGUUUUGUCAACAUUUGCAAAUUCUGCCUGAACCCCCUCCCUCCCUCCCUUCCUAUCUCUCAUCUCUCAUUCACUAGUUUUUCCUGCUUUUAUUAACUGUUAUUUUGUCUUUUCGGUGGUUAGAAAUGUUGCAACGGUACAAUAAUAGUAGCACGCUUCUCUUGUUUCCUCUCCAUGACCCUUCAAAAUAUCCUCUGCAGGGCUAUCAAAGGCAUAGUAGGCACAGUAGCCUGCCCUCUCUUGCAUCUCUCAAGCUUGUGGCCUUGCAGGUGUCAAUGGACCACAGUUCCUAUCAUCGCUGACCAUGUUAGGCUGGUGCAAGGGACUGAUGGGAGCUGGAAUCCAACAACAUAGAACCAUAGCAUUGUCGAGUCAAAGGGGACCCUAAGGGUCAUCUGUUCCAACGCCCUGCAGUGCAAGAAUCAGAGUUACAUGGAACCCGCUGGGUGGAAAGCCACCGGAGGGGAGAGGACUCUUGGGCUCAGGUCCUGCUUGUCCGUUUCCCUUGAAGGCAUCUGAUUGGCCACCCUGAGAACAGGAUGCUGGGCUAGGUGGGCCAUUGGUCUGAUCCAGCAGGCUCUUCUGAUGCUCUUAAGAUCUGGAGGGCCACCCACCAGGGUUCCCGGUUCCUCCUUCAGAGCCUCUGCAACCAUGUUUGCUCUGAGCUAAGUCCCAUUGGCUUCAGUGGUGCUUACGAUUGCACCCUUGACCAUUUGUGUGUACAAGGAGAGCCUGCUCUGGUGACAAGUGAGGCGCUCAGGGCGAUGGCACUCUGAUGUUUCCACUUGUUUCUCUCUUUCACUGACCCAAGGGUUUCUGUCUGCCUCAGGAGGAAGGUUCUGGAGCUCCAGAACUCGCAGGGCCUGUCCAACGUGGGAGGCAUCCGUUGGCAGCUGCUCCUCUGCCUCUUCCUCAUCUUCACCAUUGUCUACUUCAGCCUUUGGAAAGGGGUAAAGACCUCUGGGAAGGUAACAGAUGCUUUGACUCCCUUCUGUCCAGGCUCCUGGAGGUGGGCAGAUCAAGGAGGGGAAAAUGUCUCAGCUAUACAUUCUGCACUGGCCUCUGAAGGGACAUUGUCCUACCUGCAAGUAGCACCCCACCCCAUGGCAGCAAAUAUUUGACCCACCCCCCAGCUGACCGGCACCACUUCUGAGGUGUUUCUCCAGCCCCCUGUGGCUGACAGCAGUGGUGGGAGAGGUGAGGAUUAGAGAGGGGCAAUGUGCCAAGUGGGAACAGGAGCAGCUAGCAGCAAAGCCUUCAUGGUGCUCACGGCUCCCAAACUCUGGGACCUUCCACUUGCUGAGGUGCCAAGACCUCACCACCAGCUGAGAUUCAGGAGGUAGUGCAAACCUUUCCUCCUCUUCUACCCCAACCAUCAAGCUUUUGAAUCAAUUUUGCUUUGUUCUCUGGCUGGUUUCCUUUCUUGUUUUAUGAGGAAUUGUUUUGCUUUAAAAAGUUAUCACUCUGAUUUAUAAUAAUCUUUUGUUUUAUUUUUAAUGAUUUGCUCACUGCUCCGAGGAUAGUUACAUGGGGCAUGCAAAGAGAGGAGAUUGGCUGAACAGAUUUAAAUAGAUCUGCCUGAAUCUGUGUGUUUCCUGCAAUUCCACAGUGGGCGUGUGGGUACCAAAUUCUGCACUGUUAAGCAUCUUCAUUUUCGUUUUGAAAGCAAAGAAAUAGCUUCCUAGCCCUUAAGCUUGAAACAUUUACAAUAAUCCCCGAUGAAAGAGUCCAGAGCCCAAAGGAGAAGGGGCUGAGCAGGAUCCCCAGAGAAGAGGGAGGGAGGCCCUCAGGGCAGCCCUGCUUGGCUCCUGGAUUGGCAGGAGGGAUCCGAAUAAAUGGUGCAAAACAAGCCAAUUGGAAUAAUUUGACCAAUUACAGCAUCCAGUUGUGCUUGAUCCAGGAUGCCAAAACCCCCUUUUCAAAAUAAAAACAAUAGUUGCAAUGAUGAUUAUGAUGAUAAACAUCCUACUGGGGAGAUAUGUAGGAAUUACUCCAAGGGAGAACCAUGGUAAUUUGACCUUUCUGAUGGAUUGGCCAUAAACCACAAGUGAGGGGGAGGGUGCAGGAGAUUCACUUAGAAAAUCUGGGAACUUGGCGUUUUGGGGGAACAAGGAAGGGAUGCACAGCUGGCCCUGCCCACUGCAGCCCCUUUGCUGCCUUCCAGGUGGUGUGGGUGACAGCCACCCUGCCCUACGCUGUCUUGCUCAUCCUGCUGAUUCGUGGAGCGACUCUGCCAGGAGCCUGGAGAGGGAUCGUCUUCUACCUGCGACCCAACUGGGAGAAGCUCACCAGCACAGCCGUAAGCCAGCACGAUGGCUGCCUCAUAAGGCCAUGAUACAAAUUGAUGGUGCAGCCACAUUUGGAAUACUGUGCCCAGUUCUGGUCACCUCACCUCCAAAGGGAUGUUGUAGAGCUAGAAAAGGUUCAGAAAAGGGCAACUGACAGAGGUUUAUAAAAUUAGGCAAAACAUGGAGAAAAGGUUUUCUCCCAAUCUCAGAGCACUAGAACCCUGGUCCUCCAAUGAAGCUGAAUGCUGGAAGAUUGGGGAGAGAUAAAAGGCAAUGGAUGGCACUGUGGUCUAAACCACUGAGCCUAGGGCUUGCCGAUCGGAAGGUCAGUUGUUCGAAUCCCCGUGACGAUGGGGUGAGCUCCCAUUGCUCGGUCCCUGCUCCUGCCAACCUAGCAGUUCGAAAGCACAUCAGAGUGCAAGUAGAUAAAUAGGUACCACUCCGGCGGGAAGGUAAACGGCGUUUCCGUGCACUGCUCUGGUUUUGCCAGAAGCGGCUUAGUCAUGCUAGCCACACGACCAGGAAAAACUGUCUUUGGACAAACGUCGGCUCCCUCGGCCAGUAAAGCAAGAUGAGCGCCGCAACCCCAGAGUCGUUCAUGACUGGACUUAACUGCCAGGGGUCCUUUACUACCUUUUUUUACUUCAUGUAGUGCAGAGUUAAACUAUGGAACUCCCUGCCACAGGAGACCAUGGUGGCCACCAACCUGUCUGACUUAAAAGAGGAUUAGACAAAUUCAUGGAGGAGGAGAGGGUUAUUGAUGGCUACUAGCCAGAAUGACUGUGCUCUGUCCUCAUGGUUUGUGGCAGCAAUGCUUCUGAAUCCCAGUUGCUAGAAGCCACAGGAGGCGAGAAGGCUCUUGUGCUCAGGUCCCACUUGCUGGUUUCCCACAGGCACUUGAGAACUGGAUGCUUGACUAGAUGCGCCCCUUUGCGCCUGAUCCAGCCAGCUCUUCUUAUGGUCUUAUGCUUCUUGCACAGCUGCACAAUAUAGUGAAGGCUGCCACUUUUGCUCGCUGGCUGGGCUCCUGUGCCUUGACCAGAUGUGCGUCAGGUUGGCCAUCAGCAAGAAGCAGCAAAGUGACUUCGUAUGCAGAGGUGGCCCACCUGAUGCAGUGCUGAAGCUCCUUGGGGCCUUAAGGAAGCUUUCCAAAUUCUAUGUGUUCCUCCCACUCCAGAACAAGCACCAGGAAAACGGCAUAGAGGUUUUUCUCAGCCUGGGCCUGAGCCCUUUCCUUUAACUAACCAGAAGCAGGUUGCAAACGAGCUACUAUGGCAGCCCCAAGGGGCACCUUGCACUGCCAGGCCAGCUGCCCUGCCCGAGCCUCUGAGCAAGCUGGCUGCUGGCGUCCCAUCUGCCAUUUCAAAGCCAGCCUUAAGUAUUCCAUACUGAUAUGAGAGCAUUGCAUAAUGCAGUGUUAUGUUAAUGAUUACCAGAAUAUGACAACACCCUUUCCCAGAUUGCAUCUGAUGCUCUAGCAGCACACCUACCCAAGUGGACAGAGACACUCCCACCCCAUGGAGCAACAGGGAGGAGAGGCUUGCAGUGGACAGAAUCAGGGGAGAGGUUGGGGGAGCACAGUGGCAGGCUCUCUUUAAAGCCUAGUGUGGGGUUUCUGACCAUCCCUCCACCUGGCUUUGCACUCCAGAGAAGAUCAGAGGAUGGAUUGUCAGGAGGGAGAGUAUUAGGUUGAUUAUUUUUUCAGAAAACAAUAAUCAAAAGCAGCCCUUGGAAAUGUAAAUCGCUAAUUGAAUCACUCAUCUCAUUUGCAUCUGCUGGGGAUUUAGUUGGCCAGCUUCCCUCUCACUGUCUUUGCAAAGCAGGACUGACAAUACACUUCCUGCCUGUAAUUACCGCUGAGUUGCCCUGGCGAAUUUUGAUUAAAGCUAAUCAGGUGGAGAGGAGAAAAAGCAAAGGAAUCAGAACCAAGAAGUGGUGCUGCCUUUAUAGUCUCCCCCCCCCCCACAUUCCCCUUGUGGGAAUCCAGGUGGGCAUGGGGGGUUGGCCCCUACGGACAGGUGGGCCAAGACUUCCGUUCUCCUGCUCUGAGGAACUAAUUAGGACCAGGAUCUGUCCAAAGACUCCUCCAGCCCAACAAUCUGUUUGCCAAACGCUUCACCUGUGGUCACUGCCACCAUCACCACCUGCCAGCCAUGAGGGCAACCACCCAGGGGCACUGCUGGGAGCAAGGAGGGAGGGUGAGCCUCAAGCCUUUUCCUAGGUGCCCCCAAGUGCUUCUGGCUGGGUAAUAAAUUAUGGGGGGAACUGAAGACAGAGGUGAUCUUGGCUUCUGGGCGCAAUAUUAAUUUCAGGAAAGAAGGAAAGGCCCAACAAUUUCACCUAGUGGUGUGUCAGGAGUAAUGAAUGGGGAUAAUUGAAGAGAAAUUGAAUUGAUCUGGAGCAAGAUCUGUUGGGAAGUUAACUGAGGGCAAAUUAAUUGGAAAGGAAAUUAUUUUGGGGGAACUUGAGGUGGGGCACACAUUCAUUGAAGGAUUUAUUUGGGGUGAUUUGGAGUGGGAGAUGAGUUGGCUUCCUUUCUGUGACACUGAAGUCCAAACAUACAUCUCCACAUAUAAAAUUGCAUUUGCAAAUUUGUCUCUACGGCCCCACAUGCCGUCUUUUCAGCCCCUCACCAUGUAUCCUGGCAACAGCUCUUCCCAAACGUUAGACAGCUUGACUACACCCACAACUGGAGUCUUUGCUCCUUCCUGAGGAGCAACAUGGUGUGACCCAACUGAACAACAGGUCUCAGUAUUCCUUCCUGUGGUGGAGGGGAUGAUUCUGGAUGUUUAGCCUCUGUCUGGGUUCUGUUUUGUUCCUCUGAGCCAGAGGCCUGUUGUAUUUGGGUCUGUGCAGGUUUGGGUCGAUGCUGCCGCCCAGAUCUUCUUCUCCCUGGGGCCAGGAUUUGGCGUCCUCCUCGCUCUGUCCAGUUACAAUUCAUUCCACAACAAUUGCUACCGGUAAGGGCCUGAGGCCAAAUCCAAAUUCUCCCUUUGCCCCCUCCCCCCAUGCCUCCACUGCAGAUGAGUGAGACAGGGCUAACAACCUUCUCUCUGCAGCACCAUGAUUUGAAUGGCUUUCCCUUGAGUGAGGACUGGCCAAGCUUGGCUGAUGCCGUGCUGGUGUGCCAAUAAGCUGUGCUCAACUCCCAGGGAACUGCCAUUCCUCCUGUGGGAAGGAGUGAGUAUGGCAUCCAAAGAACUUAACCACUGCCUUUGGUAACCCUACAGUCUUCCCUCCUUUCAAGGCUUAAUGUGGGUUGACCAUAUAGGCUUGCUUUUUGUUUGGUGGAACAGGUCACAGGGUUGGCCUCUCCAGAAGGCCUUGUGCGCAUGCAGGCAUUGCUCUCCUUUGAUGGCGCAUGCUGGUGCCACCACUGGUGCACUGCAGCAUUUAUUUGAGCUUGCAGGGAGGAUGCCAUCCUCAGGCAGAGUAGCGAACAGAGAGGGUAAGUGCGGGAGGCCCUACUAGGAUGGCUACCCUGAGGAGAGGAGAGGCACACCAUCACAUUGUCAUGGUAGAAUUAAGAUUCAGCUGCCAGCCCAGUGGGCUUCUGGAGGUUGUCCUUUUGCUGCAGGGAGCAAAAUGUCUUCCGCUAGCCCUGAGUUGGUGCUGCAGAACCAGGUUGUUGCUGCAUCCUCUCAAUGACAGUCAAGGUCACCUUGUUGUGAGGCCUGUGGCCUGUCCAGAGACUCAUUUAUUUUGCCUUCCAGGGAUGCCAUCAUUACCAGCGUGGUCAACUGCCUCACCAGCUUCCUGUCAGGAUUCGUCAUUUUCACCGUCUUGGGAUACAUGGCAGAAAUGAGGGAUGUGGAAGUCGAGGAUGUUGCAAGAGACAGAGGUUUGUGUUCUGCGUGUCAUGUGCGUCAAAACUGCAGUGCUAAAAAUUCUUCCACGUGGUGUAUCUGAUUGUGGCCUCAUGCUCCAUACUCCGUAACACAGAAUCCUAGCAUUGUAGAGUUGGAAGGGACCCCCAAGGGUCCAAUUACCUGCAAUGCAGGAAUCACAACUGAAGAAUCCCUAACGGGUGGCCCUCCAACCUCUGCUUAAAAACCCCCAAGGAAGGAGAGUCUGCCAUAGAGUUCAUCCAGUCCUUAAACUCCCUCCGUUAGUCUGUGACACCUGAGAUGUGGACAACCCUCCAUAGCCUGCUUGGUGCUUAUGUCCCUGCCACAUCCAGUUAGAGGAGGUUUCUGCCCUCAGUGUUGAACACAAGGGCAAGCUGUGGCUAUGCAGGUGUAGAGAGUACACUUGAUUUAUACACUCUUUGAAUGUGGCAUGUUGGCCUUUACAAAGCUCAGGGGUUCCAUAUAGUGAAACCCUGAGAGAACAUCUUCAUGUAUAUUUAGGCAAGAGUUCCCAAGAUGUUUAAAAUUAAUUAAUUGCAGUUUCCGGGGCACCUUCAAAGGUAGCCCCACGUAGAGUGCAUUGCAGUAAUCCAAGCAGGAGAUAACCAGAGCAUGCACCACUCUGGCCAGACAGUCUGCAGGCAGGUAGGGUCUCAGCCUGCAUACCAGAUGGAGCUGGUGGACAGCUGCCCCGGACACAGAAUUGACCUGCGCCUCCAUGGACAGUUGUGAGUCCAAAAUGACUCUGUGGCUGCGCACCUGGUCCUUCAGGGGCACAGUUACCCUCUUCAGGACCAGGGAGUCCCCCACACCCACCCAUCCCCUGUUCCCCAAAAACAGUACUUCUGUCUUCUCAGGAUUCAACCUCAAUCUGUUAGCCGCCAGCCAUCCUCCAAUCAUUGCAGCAGUCCCAUCCCAAGGCCUUGCCCUUCCAUUUGCCCUUGGCCUUUGGAAAUGCUUGGCCAUUCAUGGUAUGCUAGGAAGCUGCCUUAUUCUGAGCCCGGCGAUUGGCCCAUCUGGCUCAGUACUGCCUACACUGACUGCCAGCAAUGGCUCUCUGAGGUUUCAGACAUGAGUCUCUCCCAGCCCCACCUGGUGAUGCUGCAGGGAUGGAACCUGGGGCAGGUGCUCUCCCCACAGAGCCACAGCUCUUUGGCAUAUUCUCUUCUUUAGGGCCCAGCCUCCUCUUCAUCACUUACCCUGAAGCCAUCGCCAACAUGGUCGGCUCCACUUUCUUCGCCAUAAUCUUCUUCCUCAUGAUGAUAACACUGGGACUGGACAGCACGGUAGGGAGAACUCUGCCUUAUACCCCAAAUCAUUCAUUGCUAGAUUUUAAAAGGCUCAGGGCAUAGCUCUCCACAAACCUGGGCAAACUUUGCCUGUGCUAACAUAGAUGCAGGGUGAGGCAGGGAAAUUGCUAUGGAAAUGUACCCGCCCCUCCAAACAUAUAACUGGAGCAGGGGAUCCAGGGCCCUGGGGCUCAGGCCCCCUAAGCCACCCCUAACAGUGACCCUGCUUUGUGGUCAGGCAAUAGGGAAGAUUACGGGAUUCUUUUCACAAUGUUUUUAGUUUGAUUUCACCCGCAAGAGGACACUCCUCCAAUGUCUCCCGAGACAGACGGAUGCCAAAACAUUUCAGAAAUGUAGCACAUCAUUCCUUUUUUAUUUGUUUCUUUGAAAAAAAGGCUACUGCGAAUUGAAAUAUUUCCAAAUUCUGAAAGUGUGCACCUUCAGAGAAGAGCCUGGCUGGAUCAGGCCAAAGGGGCUCCUCUAGUCCAGCAUCCUGUUCUCACAGGGAUUGUCCACACUUCCAGGCCCACUGGCUUGGUCCCAAAACUGUGGGUGCCCAAGGCAACACACAGCAUGGGCACACAUGUGUCUGAUGUCACACGCACAAGUCAGUGGGUAUGCUGACAUUGCACGCACAUGCUGAUGUGCCUGCUGACAUUGGGCAUGCACGCCCCUGGUGCAAAAUUUGUGGGUUCCUUCAUGGGGAAUGUUGUGGGGGCUGGAGUACCCAGAGCCCCAGGCAGCCGGCACCUAUGCACCCUUCCACUUAACCUGUGCUUCCGAGGCAUCAGUCUGAGUGGUUUGCCCCCUGCCCUGCUCCUUUCCCAUGGAAAACACACUCCCUAGCUCUAAAUCAGAGCAAACAUCAACCCAAAUUGCUGUUUGCUCUGACGGAGUGCCAAAGAGUACUUUUCCUCAGGGAAAAGCAGUGGACAAGAACAAAUGAGGAUAAGCUGCAGUGGCCCCCAGAUGCGCCCAAGGGAAGCCCUCCAAGCAGGAUUUCAGCACAGGAGCAACACUCUCUGCUCCUGUGGCUUCCAGCAACUGGCAUUCAGAAGCAUUGCUGCACCACCAUAGUGCCAUGUGGAAGAAUUAUCCCAUAUUUUGACUGAGCCUUCCACAUAACUCUCUCUGUCUCUGUCUCUGUCUCUGUCUCUGUCUCUGUCUCUGACACACACACACACACACACACACACACACACACACACACACACAGUGUCCUUUUGCUGACUGAGGCUGACAACUCUUUUGGGGGGGUGUAUUUGCAGUUUGGGGGCCUGGAGGCUAUGAUCACAGCAAUAAUGGACGAGUACCCCCACCUCCUGGCCAAGCAACGGGAGCUGUUUGUCCUGGGGCUCAUCACAACCUGCUUCCUGGGCUCUGUAGCCACUCUGACCAGUGUGAGUUGCCAAAAAAGUGGAGCCAUAUGCGGGGGGGGGGGGCAGGGGGCUUGGUUGUCUCUUGCUUGUUGACAGCCUUCAGACUUAGAAUAACAGAAUCCUAGAACAGUAGAGUUGGAAGGGAUCCCAAGGGUCAUCUUGUCCAACAGCCUACAACAAGUAGACUUUUCAGGAUCCACUUCAUUUUCUGCUAGAAUCUUAAGGUAGGUGCAAAAUAUAGAUGACUAGAAUCAAAAUGUUGAGAAAAGGGGCAGAGCCUGUUGCCCUCAAGGGCAUCAGCUGAAAGAGUUUUCAUAUACAACGACAAAUCUACAUCAGAGCCCCAACAAACUGGCCAACAGAGCUCAGUAAAGACCUGGUCAAAGGGAUCUUGUUAAUACCCUGGUUUACAAGUGCGGAGACACAAGACUGAGAGAGAAGCAAGUAACAGAAGAAUUGCCAGGACAAAGAGUUGUGGUUUGGGGUUUUUUUACCAGCAUUUUUAAUAGAAUCAUAGAUGCAGGAGGCCAGCUAGUCCACCCCCUGAUCAGUACAGGACCUUGCAACUACUUCAUCUGUGAACGAAGCCCAUUCAGACUUGGCUUAAAUAUCUCCAGAAGAGGGUGCCUGCUGUCCUCUGAGGCAGAGUGCCAAGCCACCCUUCCCAUUUGGACAUCUCUCCUCAUGUUUAGCCAGAAACUGCUUCCCAGCCAUUUCCCCCUAUUGGUGGGACUGGCACAUAAGAACAUAAGAAGAGCUUGCUGGAUCAGGCCCAAAGGGACCCAUCUAGUCCAGCAUCCUGUGCUCGCAGUGGCCAACUAGAUGGAAGCCAGUAAGCAGGACCUGUGCCCAAGAGCCUUCUCCCUUCCUGCGGUUUCCAGCAACUGGUAUUGAGAAGCCUUGCUGCCUCUGAUUAUGGAGGCAGAGCACAGCCAUUGUGGCUGGAAGUCAUGACUAGCCCUCUCCUCCUCUAUGGAUUUGUCUAAUUGCCUUUUAAAUCCAUCCAGGUUGGUGGCCAACUCUGCCUCCUUUGAGAGUGGGUUCCAUGAAUCUUCCAACAUCCAGCUUUGUUGGAUGUUCUCAAAUUUGAGGGUUAUGAGAGAGGGAGAAAAACUUCUCUCUCCACUUCUCUCUCCAUGCCAUGCAUAAUUUAAUCAGCUUCUGUCAUGUCUCCUCUUACUCACCUUUUAUCUAAAACCAAAAAGCCUUUCCUGAUAGGAAAUAGUCACUCCAUCCCAGUGAUCAUUUUGCUUGCCCUUUCCUGAACAAACCUGCCCUGACUUCUGUGUGAUGGUCCUUUCGAUUUUUUGAAGACGGUUAUCGCGUCUCCUCUUCUUCUUCUCUUUCCCCAGCAAAACAUGCUCAACUCUUUCAACUGUUCCCACAGUCAUUGUUAAACCACUGGCAUGGUUUAACAUAUGGCUGGUAUAGUUACAGGUAGGUAGCCGUGUUGGUCUGCCAUAGUCGAAACAAAAUAAAAAAAUUCCUUCCAGUAGCACCUCAGAGACCAGCUAUGGCUGGCAUGUUAAACCAGUCAUAGUAGCAAUAAUGCAUUGAUUGGAUGGGGGUAACAUGACCAAGAUCUCAACAGAGAAGCAUUGGCCGUAUCUGCCACCCCAGCUGAAAAGCUACUAAGCUUGGAUCUUCCCAUUUUAGGGCGGGUCAUACAUCGUGAAACUCUUGGAAGAGUUUGGUGCCGGCUGCUCCAUCUUAGCAGUGGUGUUCCUGGAGUCCAUUGCAGUCUCCUGGUUUUACGGUAAGGAGAGAAAUACCAUGUCCCAGUUACUAGGUUUACUAUGAGCCCUGGAGAGAUUCUCAGCCUUCCCUGCCUUCUGAAACAACCCCCUGUACAUGCUGUUGCCUAGAAGUCAGGGGGAGGGAUUGUGUCCAGUGGGUUUCCAUAGGGAAAGGACUCUAUAGAGGUGGGGCCACACCUGAGAAGGCCUUGCUUCCAACAGCCAUUGCACCACAGCUGCUCUGGAUGUUUCAUCAUUAUCCUUAUGUGCCAAAUGUUCCUGUGCCAUUCAUCCAUUGUUGUGGGGGCUGUGGGGCGUUUUUUUUAAUUAGACUAUUUAUUUUAAAAUAUUUAUAUGCAAGCAUCUCCAUAUUUACAUGCAAGCAUCUCCAGGCAAUGUACAACAGCAAUACAAAAUAUGAUAUGAAAUGUUACAAUGCAAAUACCAUACAAUAUGCAAUACAAUUAUAAUCCAAAUGAAUUAGUAGUUUAAACAAAGUCAAACUCAUGAGAAUUGACAUCAGGAAAGAGCAAAGUGAAUACAAAGGUCUUGAGCCUGCAGCAACACUGUGACACAAAUGGUACUUCUGCACCUGCUGAGAGGGAUCACACACUUACUGUGGCUGAAAUUUUUGUGGUGCAGAUCCCACAACUGCCACAGCCACAUGAACAGGAGCUCCACCCCCCUUGGCCCCCUUCUUUUCUUUCCAGGGAUCCAGCAGUUUUGCAAUGACGUGAAGGCAAUGCUGGGGUUUGCUCCAGGAAUCUAUUGGCAGGUUUGCUGGGCUGCUGUCAGUCCAGCCUUUCUAGCAGUAAGUACUAAUCUUCAUCAUCCUCAUUCACCCCCAAUGUCCAGCUCAAGAAAAGAGACAUUUCCCUGCUUGAGACCACAGAGGAAGCAGAAGGGAAAGAGGCCAAGCUAAUAAGGGAUGGAUGUGGUUGUUGCAGCAUAUAGAGCCCACCUUUCCUCUAAGUGGCUCCAGGUGGCUUACAUAGUUCUCCUCCUCUCCAUCUGAUCCUCACAACAACCCUGUGAGAUUGGGCUGCGAUACUGCUAUUAGCCCAAGGUCACCCAGUGAGCUUUGUGGCUGAGUGGGGGUUUGCACUCUGGUCUCCCAGAUUCUAGUCCAACACUCUAACCCCUACACCUGCUGGCUCUCAAAUGCUGGCCACUGGGGAAUUGAGAUGAGGCUGAGGGGCUUUCUCGGGCCCCUUCCCUUGAGAGCAAGGGUUGCCACUGAGUGCAAGCAUGUAUGCUUUGCUGGCAAAAGGUUCUCAGUUCCAUUCUGGGCAUCUCCAGUUAAAAACAUCUCUGGUCAGAGACCAAAGAACAUGGCAUGCCAGAGAUGGAGGAGGAGGAGGAGGAGGAGGCGCUGAUUGGGAAGACAUUAUCUUCUGCUCCAGGACCAUCCAGGCAGGGGACAUGGCUUUCCUAGUCUCCUCAGACUCAGAGGAAAAGCUCUCUCCUCUGGUCCAGCAAGUCUGCACCUGUCAGCCUCCAGAAGGCCCCUGCGUGCUGCUGUGACCCCUUUCUCCUUGGGGGAGCUCCAGAUUGGGCUACCUGCUGCAGGGAUUUGUCUGUGGUCCUGAAGAGACUGGCCUUCCUGCUGUGAUUCUGCACAGCCUUCUUUGGCUUGGCCCUCCCAGAUGUGAUAGAAUCAUAGAAUCAUAGAGUUGGAAGAGACCACAAGGGCCAUUGAGUCCAACCCCCUGCCAAGCAGGAAACACCAUCAGAGCACUCCUGACAUAUGGUUGUCAAGCCUCUGCUUAAAGACCUCCAAAGAAGGAGACUCCACCACACUCCUUGGCAGCAAAUUCCACUGUCGAACAGCUCUUUCUGUCAGGAAGUUCUUCCUAAUGUUUAGGUGGAAUCUUCUUUCUUGUAGUUUGGAUCCAUUGCUCCGUGUCCGCUUCUCUGGAGCAGCAGAAAACAACCUUUCUCCCUCCUCUAUGUGACAUCCUUUUAUAUAUUUGAACAUGGCUAUCAUAUCACCCCUUAACCUCCUCUUCUCCAGGCUAAACAUGCCCAGCUCCCUUAGCCGUUCCUCAUAAGGCAUCGUUUCCAGGCCUUUGACCAUUUUGGUUGCCCUCCUCUGGACACGUUCCAGUUUGUCAGUGUCCUUCUUGAACUGUGGUGCCCAAAUCAACUGUGGUGAUUCUCCAGCCGGCUUCUCAGCCAAGGCAAUUGCUUCAAUCCCCCCUCCCCAUGGAUCCUCAAAUAAAACUAGGACAGGGCAAGCAGGGGGUUGAACUAGAUGACCCUUGGGGUUCCUUCCAACUCUUCAGUUCUAUGAUUCUCAGUAGCAAGUUACAUGGAAGCCCUUUCUUUGCCUGAGACUGGAGAUCUGAUACCACUUAGUGUAGAAUCAUAGAAUCAUAGAAUCAUAGAGUUGGAAGAGACCACAAGGGCCAUCGAGUCCAACCCCCUGCCAAGCAGGAAACACCAUCAGAGCACUCCUGACAUAUGGUUGUCAAGCCUCUGCUUAAAGACCUCCAAAGAAGGAGACUCCACCACACUCCUUGGCAGCAAAUUCCACUGUUGAACAGCUCUUACUGUCAGGAAGUUCUUCCUAAUGUUUAGGUGGAAUCUUCUUUCUUGUAGUGUAGAACAGCCUCUGCCAACCUAGCACCCUGCAGAUGUUUUGGACUUCAGCUCCCAGCGUCAUAUGGCUGUCCCAGACAGCUGGAAGCUGAGUUUGAGGCGGGUGGUGGGGCAGCAUGCUUGCCUUCCAUGUUGCCACAGCACAGAUGCAUGUGUGUAGGCAUGUGCUGCCUAUGUGUGCUUGUGUGUACACAGUAACCUCAUUUCCGGUACCUGUCACUCAAUGGCUGCCCCUGGCAGUGUUGUGUGAGGAGACAAGGUGGGGCUGGAACCCCCUGCCCUCCUGCCUGCCCUUGCUGCUCUGCCAGCUGAUCUCCAAGCUGCUUCUCCCACCUGGGAAGCACCCAGCUGGCUGGAGCACGUGGCACUCCUUGCCUGUGCCAAUCAGGGCACACAGGUUGCCUUGCCCCAGUUGCUGGUCACGCACACUAAGCCACUGGUGAUGGGUGUCCCAGCUAGCUCAGGGCAGGGCUCUCCAUACUGGUUCUUGGCACCCAGACUUUGCCCGUCUCCUCUUGUCAGUUCAUCAUUGCCAGCUCCCUCCUGGACCAGCCUCCCCUCACUCUCUUCGACUACCAGUACCCAGACUGGAGCAUUUUGGUGGGUUACCUCAUCGGAGCCUCAUCCUUCAUUUGCAUCCCAGUCUACAUGGUCUACAAGCUGAUCUGGACCCCGGGAUCUCUUAAGCAGGUCAGGGAGCUAGAAUCCUCUCUACUCUGUGGUUGUGUGGAUGCCUGUGUCUGGGCGGGGGUUCAAGAAAGGGGGUUUCCCUCAGCAGUGGUGGAAUUCUAGGUCUUCUCAGGGGCACUAAGGCUGCCAUUCUGAGCUUACCUGACUCCAUGGAACCUGUGAACCUGCUGUGCAACUCAGGGAGUCUGAUGGCGAAGAGGCUAAGCUAUGAACCAGUCACGCACAUUGUUGGGAACCACUCCCCCCAAAAUAUACUUUUUCUUAGUGUUUCUUUGUGAGUAAUAUAUUCAAAGGAAUUUGAACUGGGGGUGAUGACUUCAUGAUGUAUAUACAGUGUUUGCUUGUGAUGGUACUCAGCAAUAGAAGAGCUUCUUACGGCCUGCUGGAUGAGAGAGGCAGUGAGCUUCACGGCUGAGGGGGAGGAUUCGAACCCUGGUCUCUCCCAGGUCCUAACCCAGCACCCUAACCACUACAGUGCCACUGGCAUCAGCUCCCCCUCUCUCCUUUGCAAGAUAUAUUCCCCAGGCUGCUGUAACUGGGACCCAUGUUUUGUACUUUAGCCUGUUUUUUAUUUUACGCAUUGUUUUUAUGGUAAAUUGCUUAGACAAGUCAGUUUAAAGUGGUAUAAGAACUGUAUAAAAUAAAGGUGGCAUGGGAAAUGUAUGUAAUCACGUAAAAUCCAUCACUUGAGUGGCGUUUUCCAGGCUUGUCCCUCUCACUGUCUGUCUCUCUGCCUUGGUCAUCCAGCGCCUGGCAGUCUGCCUUCGGCCGGAGAGGAGAGCUCAAGAGCAGCCCAUGGAGCCUGGCCUCAUGCCACCGGCCCCCUAA